AUGCAGGUGCAUGCCAAAACAGUGCUGAGCUUGUGCUUCUACGCUGGACAUGCUGAAGAGAGGCCCAAGGCUGCAGUGAGCGUGACUCCUGACAGCAGAGACAUAUUCAGCGGAGACUCUGUUACGCUCAGAUGUGAGAUACCAGAGGGGGGAAACACAGACUGGGACUACAGCUGGUACUUCAACAGAAGUCCAGAGUCUCCUGUAGCCACUGGUCAGCAGUACAGCAUCAGUUCUGCUGCUGAUCUCCACUCUGGCGACUACACCUGCAGAGGAACACAGAGAGGCACCCCUCGGAGUUCAGACACCAGUGAUGUGCUCACUCUGACCGUGUCAGAGCGACCCACAGCUGUUGUGUCCCUGAGCCCCAGCUGGACUCCAGUGUUCAGUGGAGAGAUCAUCACUCUCACCUGCAGCAUACAGGGAGAGUCCCCAUCAGACUGGAGAUACCGCUGGUACAGAGGAGACCAGCGGGUUCACCCACAGAGAAGCUGGAGUGACAGUGUUGUAUACAAACUGCAGGCUGUGCAGGAGGACCACAGUGGGGUCUACAGCUGCAGAGGAAGCAGAAAAAAAGAUUCAAAGGAAUCGAAUAAGAGUGAAGGUGUUACUGUUUUAAUGGGACAUCUGGUCAAAUGUUUCUCAUAUUUCACACUGAGUAACGUGCUGUGUUCUCAGAGACACAAGGCUGCUGUUUCUGUGACAUCAAAGCCCAAACUCACAUUAAGUCCACCAGGUUACCAGCUCCUCACAGGAGACUCAGUGACUCUGAGAUGUGAGUUGGGUGUUUCCUCUGGUUUGGUGUUCUACUGGUACAGAGACACACAGACCUCUGAUCCUGUGGCCCAGACUGAUGGAGACUCCUACAGCAUUGGUUCUGUUGAUGUCUCUGAUGGAGGACAGUACUGGUGCAGAGCUGGGAGAAGAAACCCAGUCUACUACACACAAUAUAGUGAUGCAGCAGAGAUAAAGGUUACAGAAAGACCACGACCCACCAUUACCCUGAAAUCAAACUGGACAGAGUUCUUCAGUGGAGAGGAGGUCUCUCUCAGAUGUGACAUACAGAGUGGGGAGAUCAGUGACUGGGAGUACAGCUGGUUUAGAGAUGGAGUGAAAGUUUACCGUUAUAGCGGCUAUGUGGAGAAAUAUGAAAUCAAACCGUCUCAAAGUGAGAAAGCGUGGGCAGUACUGAGUUCUCUCUCACAGACCUGGCUGACAGAAGGAGACUCAGUGACUCUGAGCUGUGAGGUUAGAGGCUCCACUACAGGCUGGAUAUUCCACUGGUACAAGACUGCCUCCUACAUGUCUGAUUUGACUCAUGUCACAUAUGCCUCCCAAACAUCUGGGUUCCCACAAACACAUGGAAACAAAGGAUAUUCUUUAGAGUUGGUCUCAGACAGCAUCAGAGGAGCUGGAGGCUCCUACACUCUCAGCCCUGCUGCUCUUAGACACACAGGGGUUUAUGUGUGCAGAGCAGAGAGAGGAGAACCAGCCUAUCACACAGAGUUCAGCCAGCCUCAGCCUCUCUGGGUCACAGGUGUGUCUCUGGCCUCUGUGAGCACCCAUUCAAACUGGUCCCAGAUCUUCACAUCUGAGCCUCUCUCCCUGAGCUGUGGGGUUCAGGGCAACUCUACUGGAUGGAGACUGAGGUGGUUCACAGACAGAAGAGAAAAAUCAGAGUGUCCCACUGACUGGAGAUCAGAAACAGGAUCCAGCUGCAGCAUCAGCUCAGCAUCUCCAUCAGACAGUGGAGUGUACUGGUGUCAGUCUGAGUCUGGAGAGCAGAGCAAUCCUGCCAACAUCACAGUGCACAAUGGUGAUGUGAUCCUGGAAAGUCCUGUACAUCCUGUGACUGAGGGAUAUCCUCUGACUCUGCGCUGUAGAUAUCGCUACCAGCCAUCAAACAUCAGUGCUGACUUCUAUAAAGAUGGGACACUCCUGCAGACCUCCACCACAGGACAGAUGACCAUCCCUGCAGUCUCAAAGUCACAUGAAGGCCUCUAUAAGUGCAGGAACCCUGAGAGAGAAGAGUCACCAGAGAGCUGGAUCACAGUAAAGGUCUGGCCCACACACUGUGAAAUGACUGUCAUGCAUUGUGUUGGCCCAGGUCUGGCUCACACACUGUAAAACGGAUUUCAGUGAGUGUUGGCUGAAUGUCGGCUUGGUCCCCGGCCCGAUUGUGGCCCGAGCACUGUAAAACGGAUUUCAGUGAGUGUUGGCUGAAUGUCGGCUUGGUCCCCGGCCCUAUUGUGGCCCGAGCACUGUAAAACGGAUUUCAUGCAUUGUGUUGGCCCAGGUCUGGCUCACACACUGUAAAACGGAUUUCAGUGAGUGUUGGCUGAAUGUCGGCUUGG